CUAAAAUGAAGUUUAUUUUGCCUCUUGUCGGUACUUUGCUGUGUAGCAUGACUUGCACUGCAAGCAGCAUUUUCACCAAAACAUAUAAGUCUCCUCUUGGUGUCCCUCUCGAAGGUCCUCCAAUCUACAUCUCUAAAAAGAUCCACGACACUAAGUCUAUUGAAUUUGUUGAACAUUCAUCUUACCCUCCUUGGCUUGGUCUUGAGCUUGACUAUGCUUAUGUUAAACCCAUUGUUGAUGCCAUCAAUUCAACUGAAACACCCCUUUUGACGCGUGGUGAGUCUCAUAUUACUAUUGUCACUCCACCCGAGUUCGAUACUUUGGCAGUUGCCGGUGUCACUAUUGAGGAAAUCAAUGCUAUAGCCAGAGAGCAACGCAUCCAGGAGAGCAAGUUCGAUAUUGUUUGUCUCGGCAAGGCAGAGCUUGUUCAGGAUGGCAAGAACUAUAUUGUCUACCAGAUCAUUGUUGAGUCUCCUUCGCUUGUAAAGUUGAGAGAGAAGAUCUUUACUCUCUACUACUCCAAGGGUGGAAACACCGCUUUAUUUGAUCCUCGUACUUUCUGGUCCCACAUCACCGUUGCAUACACUAUUAGCGAUCUCUUUGUAGAUCAGGGAAUCUACAAGAGCGCCAAUGUAUGCCAUCGUCCCCUCAUUGCUCAUUAAUCGACAAAACAUUUGAGUUUGUCGUGAAGCCAGGAUCCUCAAACCAAUUCUAUUCGGACCAUAUUAUUAGCCGACUAAAUUGGCCCUCAAUCCACACAAGCCGGGCAUAUUCUGCCUUAGUUUUUUUCAUUUGCUUGUUUUUUAAUAAAUUAUUUUAUGUACCACG